GCUUACCAAUGUUUAUGUCCUCGCCUCACAAAUAUUAAUGUGCGUCUUCCUUCUAUAAUUCGUUGAGUAAUUUAGAAACUGUCUGGGACGCAGGGUGAUGUAAAUCAAUUUAAGCUUUAGCGGCAGCUGUGCUCGCCUACGUGCAGAGUGAGUGAUAGGGGUUAUUUGAGGACUUUUGCCGGCGACACAGAAUCCACUCGGUAUAUUUGCCGGGCUGGGAAAGAAUCUUACUUGCCACUUAUUCCAUGUGAAAAUUAGAUACCCAUGUCACCGGCAAAAUAAUUAUAGUAAUGCGGAUGAGACCUGGUUCCCCCAUGGGGACGAUCUAUAUCACUUUGCCUCCAUUACAGUGUAGGCUUUCAACUACCGCGACAUGCAGUAUGUAUAGGAAUAUAUUAGUUCUAGUCAGAUUGGGCGGGCAGAGAGAUAAGUGGCUACACAUGAGAUUUCACGACUCUUUGAGUGCAGAACCGCACUUAUAAGAGCUAACCGGGCACCGGGCUUUGAGAUCUGCUUCGUUUGGUUCGCCUACUUCUGCACGUCUCUGCUGCCAAGGCAAAUCACUCGCCGACAUGAAGUCGUUCUCCAUCGCACUCGCGCUCGCUGCGCCAGUCCAUGCUGGUCUGCGCUUUGGAUGCUCAUCGUUGACCACCCAGCGUCUUGACCCUGUUGUCGAGCCUGGUAAUAACCCUUCGGCCCAUGUUCACCACAUCGUAGGCGGAAACGCCUUCAACGCCACGAUGACGGGCGAUGUUGGCGCGAGGGCCACCUGCACCACCUGUGAGAUGUCCGAGGACUUCUCAAACUACUGGACUGCUGUGUUAUACUUCAAGCACCCGACCAACGGCAGCUAUCACCGAGUUCCGGUGACCAACAAUGCUGCUCUGGCACCUGGUACUAAGGGUGGUAUGACUAUCUACUAUACACCGUACGACUUCUCUACCGACAACUUGAGGAACCAGCCCAUCACGGCUUUCCCGCCGGGUUUCCGCAUGACGGUUGGCAGCCCGACAACCGACUCCCUCGAGCAGGCUAAGGGUCACAUUGGUCUACGAUACAACUGCCUGCAGACCACCCUCAACAGAGGUCCGGAGAUGGUGGACUUCCCCGACAGGCCCUGCCCGGGCGGUAUCUUCGCUGUCCACCACUUCCCAGCAUGCUGGGAUGGCAAGAACCUUGACAGCCCCGACCACCAGUCUCACAUGUACAACACCAUCAAGUAUGACGGCUUCACGAAUGCUCCGCCGUGUCCGGCAUCGCACCCCGUCCGGAUGCCCCAAGUAACUUACGAGACCGUCUGGGACACCACCAAGUUCAACAGCAUGUGGCCUUCAGGAACUCCUAACCCAUUCGUGUGGAGUUUCGAAGGAAGCAGUGGAUACGGCACUCACGCUGACUACAUGUUCGGCUGGAAAGGCGACUCGUUGCAGCGCGCCAUGAACAAGUCCGAAUGCUUCUAUGAUGGCUGCGGUUCCAUCACGAAGCAAACCAUGGCGGUGGCCAACCAGUGCACCGUCCCUGACAUGGUCGGCGAGGAAACCGACGGAUGGCUCGACCACCUUCCGGGUAUGAAGAUGUAAGAGGAGUAUACCGAUAAAGAUUUCAUAGGAAGCAGCGGCGACUCUCCGUGGUUCAAAGUAGAGGCUCGUUCGUUUCGUCUUAUAAAUCCAUUGGGUCAUGGCCAGCCUUGGUCGAGAGAGCCCAUAGUUAUUUAGAACCGGCGCCCCGCGUCAUAUGACCUGCAACACUCUUUUGAUACA